AUGACAAUAGACCAUCUGUAAACAUGGCGUCUGACUUCAGGUGGAGAUGUGUAGCGGUAGCGCUCCUUCUGUGCACACAUUUACUUUGUAUAUUAGCGACUGACAGCAAAGAAAAUUCCAAGAAGAAGAAGGACAUCCGAGACUACAAUGAUGCAGACAUGGCCCGGCUCCUAGAACAAUGGGAGGAGGAUGAUGACAUUGAGGAAGGUGACCUCCCAGAGCACAAGAGAUCUCCUCCCCCCAUCGAUUUCGCCAAGAUUGACCCCUCCAAGCCAGAAGAGCUGCUGAAGAUGUCCAAGAAGGGCAAGACUCUGAUGGUGUUUGCGACGGUGUCAGGAGAUCCCACUGAGAAAGAGACAGAGGAGCUCACCGGCCUGUGGCAGGGCAGCCUCUUCAACGCCAACUUUGAUAUUCAGAGGUUCGUGGUGGGCUCCAACAGGGUGAUCUUCAUGCUGCGGGACGGCAGUGUGGCCUGGGAGGUCAAAGACUUCCUUGUGACCCAGGAGCGCUGCUUGGACGUCACCGUGGAGGGACAGGUGUUCCCCGGUAAGGCUGCCAAGAAGGACGACGCCAAAUACAAGCAGCAGAAUGAAGUCAACACCAAGAAGAAGAGCAAAAAGAAGCCUGAGACCAAGAAGCCCGACUUGGAGGGGAACAGUGCCAGGCAUCUGCAGCAGGAGCUGUGAUUGAAUUCCACAGAGGGAGGAGAAGAGACUCGGGUCCCUUUUUCUUCUGGCCUUAGACAUGCAUAUUGUGACAACCAGUCUGUCGGCUAAAGGCUCUCGAGGGGCUGCAGGACCACCAAGGGAAGUGUCAGUGGUUCAGAGUCAGUGGUGUGAGUUAACCCGGACUCUUCCCCAUUGAAACACAUUGCAGUGACAGUACAUUUCCCUUUCAAAUCUGUUGUAAAUCAAUACUGGCUGCUUUCUUUACAUAUUUGUGUUGUUCGAUUAUCACUAAAUGAAAACCAAUAUAUUCAGAUAUAGUUUGAAAGGUACUUGAUUUAAGAGCCAUUCUUCAGACCUUCGGGUCCUGAAAGUGUUAUGUUCUCAUCCGGCAGCAUUUAAAAUUAGAUUCAAAAGAAGCACCCACAUAUUCUGUUGGAUUUCUCACAGACUUUGAAAAUAAAAAAAUUGUAUACAAUCCAA